AGCCGAUGGCUCUUUAUCCUCACUUAAUUUUCUCCUUAUUACGUACUACCACACAUAUAUAUGUUAUAAUAUUAUUUUUAGUUGCAAAAUUAACAAAUAAAUAAAUUAAAUAAGUCCAAAAAUCUUUCAUAUUCCAACCCAUACAUCCAAAACACAGGGGAGGGAAGCUGGGUUACACCACAUGCCAUCCUCAAGCUCUCUCUUCUUCAUCCCCAGCCUGGUCUGCACUUGCCUGAGUUGCCUCCCGCCGAUCUUCAUCCCCAUAAAAACAAUGGCUUCUCCGAUCACCACCACCACCACCACUACCAACACUAUCCACCGCAACAAUUUCACUGCCUUGUCAACUCCAAUACACCAUAAUGUACUACUCAAACUCGAGCAGAAAUGACAGUACUGGUGGAAGCAGCACUGGCCGCCAUCCUGUGUACCGUGGGAUACGCCGCCGGAGCACUGGGAAGUGGGUUUCCGAGAUCCGGGAGCCCCGGACACCCAACAGGAUAUGGCUUGGGACGUUCCCCACACCUGAGAUGGCGGCUGUGGCAUACGACGUGGCAGCCCUAGCCCUGCGUGGGCGUGACGCAGAGCUCAACUUCCCUGGCUGGGCUGCCACUUUGCCUAUUCCGGCCUCCACCUCCGCCCAUGACAUCCAGGUGGCGGCAACGAGCGCAGCUGCUGCCAUUGGGGCUGCCGGAGAUGCUUUGCUGUCGCAGCCACCACGGAGGGUGGCGGGACCAGAGAGAAGUACCCCAGCGUCAGGGCAGGAGUUCAUGGACGAGGAGAUGAUAUUCAACACUCCCAGCAUGCUCGCGAACAUGGCCGAAGGGAUGCUCCUGAGCCCUCCUCGAUUGGACGGUGCCAACCCUGACUUCGCACCCGAUGCUGCAGGAGAUCCGAACCUUUGGAAAUUCCCUUAAUUGAAUCGUUAAUCAAUCAAUCAACCUAAUUAAUGAUACCUAAUUUACCACAUAUAUAAUUAAGGACUAAGAACACGUUGUUAAAAUAAGGUUAAGCCAAGGAUAAUAAAAUCCGACCAGGAUGCGGUGACCGAGGCCGAAGUAUAUUUGUCCCUGGCGUUGUAAAUAAUCUGCUUGUGUCGUAUGAUUUCCAUUGCAUGCAUAUACAGUAUCAUAUGGAGUCGUACUUUGAGCCUGCCUCGUAUCAUGUAAGAUAUCUGUAAAAAUGGUUUGUCUAUGUAUAUAUAUAUAUACAGUGUGUAUAACAAGCAGCAUGCACAUUAUCCAAAUCUAGAA